UAUGUGAAGGGGAGAUCCUUUGGCUUACAUAUAAUAUGUGAUGUUAAUCCAUCUAUAUAUAUACACAGAUGACUAUAACACAAUAAAAUGUUCCAGGCAAAUUGGACAUCUGUAACAGUUUUUUUCUUCCUGGGAUUUUCCCACUACCCCAAAGUUGAGGUCAUCAUAUUUGUGCUGUGUUUGCUGAUGUAUCUGAUUACCUUGCUAGGCAAUGUUAUUCUGAUCUCCAUCAGCAUCCUGGAUUCCCAUCUUCACAGCCCCAUGUACUUCUUCCUCAGAAACCUCUCCUUUCUGGACAUCCUGUACACCUCUUCUGCUCUCAUUCCAAUGCUGGCAAACUUUGUUUCAGGGAAAAACACCAUUUCAUUCUCAGGAUGUGCCACUCAGAUGUACUUCUCACUUGCCAUGGGCUCCACUGAGUGUGUGCUCCUCUCCAUGAUGGCAUAUGACCGGUAUGUGGCCAUCUGUAACCCCCUGAGAUACCCCAGCAUCAUGAACAGGAGGGUCUGUGUUCAAACUGCAACUGGCUCCUGGGCGACAGGCUUUCUCACUGCCCUGGUGGAAGCAAUGUCUGUGCUGCCACUGUCUCUCUGUGGUAAUAACACCAUCAAUCAUUUCACUUGUGAAAUUCUGGCUAUCUUGAAAUUAGUUUGCGUGGAUACCUCCAUGGUGCAGUUAAUCAUGCUGGUGAUCAGUAUACUUCUUCUUCCCUUGCCAAUGCUUCUCAUUUGUAUCUCUUUUGCCUUUAUCCUCGCCAACAUCCUGAGAAUCAGCUCAGUGGAUGGACGAAGCAAAGCCUUUUCUACAUGUGCAGCCCAUCUGACUGUGGUGGUUUUGUUCUAUGGGACAGCUUUCUCCAUGUACCUGAAGCCUUCAGCUGUAGAUUCACAGGAAAUAGAUAAAUUUAUGGCUUUGGUAUAUGCUGGAUUCACCCCUAUGUUGAAUCCUAUCAUCUAUAGUCUACGAAAUAAAGAGGUGAAAGUGGCUGUAAAAAAAUUGCUGAUUAGAAAUCCUUUUAAUACUCUCUUAAUUCCUAUUCUCAAAUAAUGUUGGAACAAGCAGACUCAUCUAGAUAAUCUCCAACAUUGUCCAGAAG